CAUACCCCAACGAAAUGCCUGAACCAGCGAAGACUGCGCCUAAAAAGGGCUCCAAGAAAGCUGUCGCCAAGAGCGUCAGCAAGACCGGGAAGAAGAAGAGAAGGACCAGGAAGGAGAGCUAUGCCAUCUACGUGUACAAGGUACUGAAGCAGGUCCACCCCGAUACUGGUAUCUCUUCCAAGGCCAUGAGCAUCAUGAACUCCUUCGUCAAUGACAUCUUCGAGCGCAUUGCUUCCGAGGCUUCCCGUCUAGCUCACUACAACAAGAGAUCCACCAUCACAUCCAGGGAGAUCCAGACCGCCGUGCGUCUCCUGCUGCCCGGUGAGCUUGCCAAGCACGCCGUGUCUGAGGGUACCAAGGCCGUCACCAAGUACACCAGCUCCAAGUAGACUGCUUAGGCAGCUACUCAACUCAACGGCUCUUUUAAGAGCCACCCACUUUAACUGAAGAGAAUUAUAUCCCUAUGGAAAUAAUGUUCACAGUAAACACUGGAUGGAUCUACACAUUUUUUCUCACUAUCAUCAUUGCCCUAAAUAAACACAAAAAUCUAUCCUCAUAAACACACUAACCCAUGUGUACUACAUACAACCUGUACAAAAUUGUGACCUUGCACAAUCAUUUGGCCUCUUUUUAUUCAUAGAAAAUUUACAAUCAUAUUUUAGUCUUGUUGCACUUAUGGCGCUAAUGUAGGACCGCGUUGCACUAUUUCUUUGUUGCACAUAUUU